CGCUCUUUGCACAUCGACUACAAAAGCAGCGUCUCUCUGCCAGUCCGCACAUUGCUCUACAUCUCUAGCUACCUCCAAAGCCCCAAGCAUGCGCUUCGCACUGCCGACGCUGCUCGCCGCGCUCAGCGCCGUCCUCACCGCGGCCGCGCCCGCACCCGAGUUCUCCCUCGGCUCCAACGAGGGCAUCCUGCCGGAGCUCGAGAAACGCAGCAGCGAGGCUCUGGUCGAGCGCAUCGUCUACAACCCGCCCAUCAUCUAUCCCACCGAGAACACCGUCUGGCUCGCGGGCGGCACGCACCGCGUCGAAUGGUCGCUGUCCGGCAUGCCUGCUGUGCUGCGCACCUACUCGGGCGUGCUCAAGCUGGGCUGGACAUCGGAUGAGACUGGGCUGGACGAGCAUCUAACCACUACGCUGGCCGAGGGCUUCCCGCUGGGCAAGGGCAUCGUCCGCUUCGAGCUGCCAGACGACCUGCCAAGCCGCGACAACUACAUCGUCGUGCUCUUCGGCGACUCAGGCAACGCUAGCCCGCGCUUCACCAUCCUGAAUCUGCCCGUCAAGGCAUCCGCCGCCGCUGCGGUCUGAGCGGUGCUUCCUUCCGACGAUCUGCUUCCACUGCGAAUGGUGACGGGCCUCUUUAUUCCCAUGUUCCGUGAUGUGAUUCCUAUAAUGUGCGCUCCUGCGCGACCCCUCCGUUACCUCUGUGCCCGUGGCGAAUGAU